GGAACCCUUCUUUUGAAAUGAUUGCCUAUCCCAGAAUGCUCCCGUUUUGAAUAUUUCCGGCGGGUAACUGCGUCACUGUUUCCAAGGUUUCUAGUCUAAAUUAGACUCUAACGUUUGUGUUAUUCUAUCUAAACCGAGCUGUAAUAAUGCUGGGGGAUGAGAUCCAAGCUAAUAAUCUGGUGUACAAUCAAUUACGGGAUUUAAUUCAGACCCAACAACGUGUCCUAGCCACAAUCAGGGAGACGAUGAUCACCAAAGAACGGGAAUUGAUACCAAAAGAACAAUAUGAAGAGGUUGUAAAUGACCUUGAGAAUGAGAGACUCCAGCAUGCUAAAACUCAAGCACUCCUCAACCAGGAAUCUGAAAAGCUGCAGUUUGCCCUUGGAGAAAUAGACAUCCUCACAAACCAGAUGCAAAGAGAAAAGAAGUCUUUUGAAAAAGUGCUUGCCAGUAUUAAAAAUAAAGCAUUGAAGGAAUCUACAAAAAAUGACAAACUGAAAAGCAAAUGCAACGAAAUGGAGUUCACAGUUCAAAAGCAUGAGGAUAUUUUAAUUAAGAAAGAGAACCAAAUCAAGCAGCUUCACAACCAACUCACAAAGCACAAAACAACCUUGAAACUCCAGCUGACUGAUGUUGAGAUCCAGAGGAAGCAGGAAGCUUACAUUGCAGAAGCGCUUCAGAAGAAGCAGAGAACAGCAGGGCACUGGACCAGCGGCUCCUCUUCAUAUGACACGGCUGUAUAAUAGCUAGAAACAGACGUCUUGUACACAGACUGGAGCGCCUUCUGUUUCCCUUUAUAGGGUACCAACAAAGCCUUUCAAACAUGCAGCAGAAUAUGUGAACCAGACAUGUAACAGGAGAGUAAAGGAAUAACAAAAUCUACAGCAAAAAUAAAGACUUGCAUGAAAGUUAUGAAAAUUAGAGGUACGUAUCUUUUUAAAGCCUUGCUCAUUACAUGUUUAAGGCAAACUUGUAUUGAUUUAAACUUGAAAAAGUAGAAUUGUAAAACAGGUUUUGAUCCCUCUCCAUCAAAAUCUAGACAAUGGUACAGCAUUUUCACUUUGUCCUUUAACACCGUACUUACUUGUAAGAGAUCCCAAUGAUUCAGCAAAGACAACAUGACUAGGUAACCCAUUCCAUACCCUCACCACCCUCCUUCCCUCUGUCCUAAGUCUACCUCCACUAGAUUGGCACUGGUUUCCUUAUAACCACUUGUAUUUGAUUGUACAGAUGUUUAUGUUUGAUUGUAUAUAGUGUAAAGAGUCAUGCCAAACAUGACAUCACUCCUCCUGUCCAAUAAGCAUUGGGAGGAUUGCUGUAGCCAGUAGAAACUGGAGACAUGGGGAGAUGAGAUUCAGUCAAAAUGAAAAGAAAAUGUGGAAAACAAAAACCAAGAGCAAUGCAAUGAGGGCCUUGUUAAAAUGCUGCUCCACUAUGUGGAGGGAAGACAUGCAUGGGUUAUUCCAGCUCGAAAGGUAAUCAAUCCCCUAAUAGUAUCAUUUACACUCUCUGCAAAUAGCAGCUUCAAAAAAUAACCCCAGUUGAUACACAUCAAGCACCAUGAUUAUGUAGUUCAAAAAUGAAUACACCCCAACCUUACACACAUUUUAAACAUUGGACCUUUAUUGCUUAGUCAUUGUUUUUGUGUUGUGCAAACCUGCUGUCAUACUAAUCAUGUCCUAUAUUAAGAGACUCGUGAUGUAACAUCUUUCACUGUCUUAAUGUCAUUAGAGGUGAAAGAAAAACCUUUCAAAUGUAUCAGAAAUGAAUGAAUAAAUGAUUCAAUGUUUUUUUUUUUUUUCUUGUUUGUAUUACAUGCUGGUGCCAAUGUAUCCUGUCUUGUAUUUUUUUUAAUCUAAUAAAAGAGAAAUAGAAGA